UUUAGAGCAGUAACCCCAAAACCAAUUGUCAAAUAAAGGUAGCAAGCAGCUGUGUUAUACGUGUUUUUAUUUAAUAAUAUCUCGAUAAUGUGCGUUUAAAACACGAAAAUUAAAUGUGAAACGCGAAAUAAACAUGUCGAGCCGUCGUUCGAUACUCGGAUCGGCGCUUGACGCUCUACCACCGCCGUCGGAUCCUCUCCGCGAAUUAUUCGAGGCAUGUAAAACUGGCGAUGCUGUUCGAGUAAAAAAGUUAAUUACUCCACAAACGGUGAAUGCCAGGGAUACGGCUGGACGAAAGUCGACUCCUCUACACUUCGCUGCAGGAUACGGUCGCAGGGAGGUAGUAGAAAUCUUGAUAGCGGCCGGUGCAGCGUUGCAGGCGCGUGAUGACGGUGGGCUGCAGCCUCUACACAACGCAUGCUCCUUCGGGCACGCUGACGUGGUGAGGGCGCUGUUGGGCGCUGGAGCUGCACCAGCUGCCAGGGACAAUUGGGGAUACACGCCCUUACACGAGGCAGCUGCUAAGGGCAAGGUGGACGUUUGUAUUGCGUUGCUGCAACACGGCGCUGAUCCGAAUAUUCGCAACACGGAAGGGAAGACUCCCCUCGACCUAGCAGACUCCGCUACCAGGCCUGUGUUGACAGGUGAAUACUGUGCAGCGGAUGUCCUAGAAGCAGCUAGGUCGGGAGCCGACGACCGACUAGCGUCUCUGCUCACCCCCCUAAACGUCAACGUUCACGCUAGCGACGGCCGACGUUCUACCCCCUUACAUCUUGCCGCUGGGUAUAAUAGGGCGAGAGCUGUCAGAUUACUGCUGCAAAGAGGCGCUGAUGUACACGCUAAGGAUAAAGGAGGUCUAGUCCCCCUCCACAACGCCUGUUCGUACGGUCACUACGAGGUCACAGAGUUGUUAGUCCGUGCCGGCGCAGAUGUCAACGCCACAGACCUUUGGGCCUUCACGCCUCUACAUGAAGCGGCCAGCAAAGCUAGAUUGGAGGUAUGUUCCCUCCUACUGAGUGAGGGUGCGGAUCCCACCCUGCUGAACUGCCACGGCAAGUCCGCGCUGGAUGUGGCGCCUACUAGGGAACUACAGGAGAGGUUGGCUUUCGAGUACCGAGGCCACUGUCUGCUAGAAGCCUGCAGGUUGGCUGAACCGGCGCGGGUCAAGAAGCAGCUGACGGCUGUAUCUGGGCAUCAGCAUCAGAACUCCCAAGCCUCGACUAGUGGUAGCACCCCCUCUUUGCCCGGGGAGUGCAGCGUGGAAGCCCUGGUCAACUUCCAGCAUGUCGGCACGGGGGACCGGCCCCUACACUGCGCCGCCUCCUCCGUCUAUCCUAAGAGGAAACAGGUAAUGGAGAUGCUGAUCAAGAAGGGUGCCCGCGUGAACGAGAAGAACAAAGACGGCCAGACCCCGCUACACGUCGCCACCGAACACGCGCACCUAGACGCCAUGGAUCUACUGUUGAGGCAUGGUGCAAAAGUAAACGCGUGCGACGGCCGGGGCUCCAGCGCCUUAGCAGUAGCAGCGCGACGGGACUCCGCCGCGGCCUGCAGACUGCUACUGGCCUGCGGGGCUGACACCACUGCUGACUCCAUGUACCAGCCUGAUGAUGCAUGCGCAAACGCAGCAGCUCUCCGCCUAUUAGAAGCAGCUCGUACAGGCGACGUGGAGAACGCUCGCACCAUCCUGGACGCGCGACCCAGGCUGGUCAACUGCAGGGACGUGGAUGGACGGCACUCCACCCCACUACACUUCGCUGCAGGGUACAAUCGUCUUCCACUAGCUCAAUUACUAUUACAAAGAGGGGCCGAUGUUCACGCUAAAGAUAAAGGAGGCCUAGUCCCCCUCCACAACGCGUGUUCGUACGGCCACUAUGAGCUGACGGAGCUGCUGGUGUCUGCGGGGGCGGGGGUCAACGCGGCCGACCUGUGGAGGUUCACCCCCCUACAUGAGGCGGCCGCCAAGGGGAAGGCUGAUAUCGUACGGUUAUUACUAAAGCACGGCGCAGACCCCACUCGUAGAAACCGCGACGGUCUGACCCCCCUCCAGCUAGUCCGGGCGGGGGACAGCGACACCGCGGACGCGCUGCGGGGGGACGCUGCCUUACUGGACGCCGCCAAACGGGGGGACCUUGCCAGAGCCAGGAAAUUAAUAACGCCACAGAAUGUGAACUGUCGAGACACGCACGGACGGAACUCUACGCCUCUACAUCUAGCUGCUGGCUACAACAACCUAGAAGUAGCAGAGGCCCUCCUAGAAGCUGGUGCCGGAGUAUCAGCUCGCGACAAAGGCGGCCUAGUGCCCCUCCACAACGCAGCCUCCUACGGCCAUGUGGAACUGGCAGCCUUACUCCUCAGGGCUGGCACCCCCCCCAACGCCGCAGACAGGUGGGGAUUCACGCCCCUGCAUGAAGCCGCACAUAAAGCGAGGACGCAGUUGUGUGCGUUGUUGCUCGCUCAUGGUGCGGACCCCUACCUCAAGAAUCAAGAAGGGCAAACAGCCCUGGACCUAGCUGGGGCCGAAGACGUCAGGUCACUACUACAGGACGCGAUGACGUCAGCAGCUGGCUCAGUAGCCGCCCCCGCCCCCCUACCUCCCCCCUUACCACCCCCACAACAACCUGUGUUGAUGCCUAGUGGGGAUACCGUGCCUUUGGCUUUGCCGGUGGUACCCUCAAACUACUGGGCGGAAGGGUCUCGAGGAAGUUUAGAAGACGCGGCCGGUAGACCAGCAUCAGCUCUGUCCACGUCGGAAUCCUUACAAACCUUCCUGUCCAGCAUCGGUCUAGAACAGCUAACGCAAGUGCUAGAGCGAGAACAGAUAACAGUAGACAUACUAUCGGAGAUGUCCCACGAAGAUCUACGCGCCGUCGGCGUGGCGGCCUACGGACACAGGCACCGACUGCUCAAAGCUGCCAGGCAUAGCUUGCAAGCUGCCUCAGAAUGGUACGGCGGCACUACACUAGUGGAGGUGGCGCCCCCCGCGGAGGGGGAGUGCGUGGAGAGCGAGUAUACCAUCGUAGAGAGGGAGAUGCAGGGGACCGUGCGCGCGCACAGAGACCAUGCGGGGGGGAUGUUCACGCAUUAUAAUGUUGUUAGGAUACAGAAACUAGUAAACGGUCGUCUCUGGGAGCGCUACCAGCACCGUCGGCGCGAGGUCCUGGAGGAGGCGGGCGCGCACAACGAGCGCAUGCUCUUCCACGGGAGCCCCUUCAUCAACGCCAUCGUGCAGAAGGGCUUCGACGAGCGACACGCUUAUAUUGGCGGCAUGUUCGGCGCCGGCAUAUACUUCGCGGAACACUCGUCGAAGAGCAACCAGUACGUGUACGGCUUCGGCGGCGGCUCCGGCUGCCCCGCGCAUAAGGACCGGAGCUGCUACCUCUGUCACAGACAAAUGCUCCUGUGCCGCGUGACCCUGGGCCGCGCGUUCCAGCUGAUGAGCGCGAUGAAGAUGGCGCACGCCCCCCCCGGCCACCACUCCGUCGCCGGCCGCCCCUCGCAGGGGGGGCUCUGCUUCCCCGAGUACGUCGUGUAUAGGGGGGAACAGGCGUAUCCCGAGUAUUUGAUAACAUACCAAAUCGUCAGCGGGGAACCGAACCCCGGCGUGUGAGAGUGACGGUCAGUGCUCGCGUUACUGUGCGGACUGUGUCGCCCGACGACUGAUAGCCUAUGACGCCGCGUCAUCGCGACUUAUGACAAUGUCAUACAAUAUAGAGAAACAAAAUCACUACUAAGGAAUAAUUUAAGUAAUCAUUAAAUGUUUCUGAGUGCGGCAGUAAGUGGGGGAGAGCCAUGCUUCGGCACUGCUGGGCCGGCUCGACCGGAGUGAUACCACGGCCGAGCAGAAAACCGACGUGAAACAACGCUUGUGUUGUGUGAGUGAGGUUACCGGAGGCCCAAUUACACCCCUUCCUAAUUUUCCUAAUCCCCGAUUCCCCAACAACCCUUAAAUUCCUAACACCUAAAAGGCCGGCAACGCACUUGUAACGCCUCUGGUGUUUCAAGUGUCCAUGGGCGGUGACGAUUGCUUACUAUCAGGUGAUACGUCUCGGCUCACCCCCUAUUACAUGGGACUUAUAAUGCAAAUGGUGAAAAGUGGGUGUACAUUGUAUAGCGGGAUUACGUGCCGCAAUGUGCACCUCUGCGUUCAUUAUCUAACUGACGGACUAAAUAGAUUUUUAAUUGUCAUACCCUGUCUGCUACCGUAUUGAAUGACAUUGUCAUAGGAUCCCAUGACAUUUAUAUGACAUGCGAAUACUAUUAUAUUGAUGUUAUAAUGUGAUCAAAAUCGAAAGAUUCUAGGUUUGUUUUCCAAAAACUGUUGGAUGCUUUUCCACCAUAGAUGUGCUAUGCUACGUUGCUGUGGAUGCGUUUGGCUUCCACCAAUUAUAUUCAUUGGCUCAUCAUAACUGGUGAAAAAUGGGUGUUACAUUGUACUAGGCGUUCUAAAAGUAUCUGCCACGGCUUUAAUGGGAGGUAGUGUUUUGUUUGAAAAUUACAAUAGUAAAUAUAAAUUAUUGAUUAUGAGUUUUUUUUUUCAUAUAAAAAAUCUAUGUAUGAGUUUGUUAUGAAAGAGCUAUCUCUUUCACUGUCUCUAUUAACAAUUGCUAUCAAUUGUUUUCAUUGACGAAGUGACGCAUCGUGCGUAUUUGUAAACCACUUUAUGCAGAGUAGAGUCAAUGUUUAUUUAACUUCUUUAUGUUCUCAAAUUGAAUUAACUGGUCCGGGGUACGAAAUUUCUUCACUGUUGUAUGUAAUGUUCAAACAUAACACUACCUCCCAUUAAAGCCGUGGCAGAUACUUUUAGAACACCUUAUAUUUGCCACUAAAGAGAUAUGACAAGUAUUCGUAUGUCAAUAUAAUAUUUUAAAAUAAUAAUACUGAAACUCAGUAGCAUUUGAAAAGUAGUUAAUUUACUAUUUAUACACAUAUAUAGCACUAUUUUACUAUUUCAUACUCAAACGCUACUCAAUUUUAAGACGCUCUCAAAUGUAGUACUAUCCCUAUCAAUUCUUUAUAAAAUGACAGAGAUAGCACGAUAUUUAAGUACAACUUAAAAUUGAGUAGCGUUUGUGUAUUCGGGCGUUAGUUUCAUAAAAAGUAGUCUAUGUGUUAUUCCAGACCAUAAUCUACUCCUGUUCCAAAUUUCAUCCCGAUCCCUUCAGCCGUUUUGACGUGAUUGAGUAACAAACAUACAUACACACAAACUUUCGCAUUUAUAAUAUUAGUUAGAUAGGAAUAAAACUACUUUUUAUUAAUAAAAAGGUUAACGCUUUCAAUUUUUCCCGAUUCCCCAACAACCCUUAAAUUCCGAAUCCCCAAAAGGCCGGCAAUGCACUUGUAACGCCUCUGGUGUUUCAAGUGUCCAUGGGCGGCGGCGAUUGCUUACCAUCAGGUGAUCCGUCUGCUCGUUUACCGGCUUAUACCAUGAAAAUCAAACAUACAUAGCUCGCUUUUUUUGAAGUCGGUUAAAAAGUGCAAUUAUGUGUUUCAAUAGUAAAUCGACUUGAAAAUAUUUUUGUGUCAAAAUAAAGAAAACUUAUUUUCGAUGAAUGAUAAUAAAUUAAUAAAAAAUUAAAAUAAAAUGUAUGUAUGAGUGAAGUUUUAAUCUUAAAAUUUUAAUUUUGUAUAUAAAUGAAUGUUUUUUUUUUACUAUUAGUACUUUUUUUAGUGUAGAAUUCUCAUUGUAUUUUUUUUAUACGAAAAAUUUUGAUCACCACUUCUAUUCUUGACGCGGGUGUGUAAUACCCGGCUCAGUGGCUAGCAGCAUUCUUUGAUAUACCUGAACCUUUUAUACUGCGAUCUCCAACAUAGAAGAAUUUGAACCGGUAGUUCACAUCAACAGCCUAUAAGUGGCCACUGCUGACCAAAAGCCUCUUCUCACACGGAGAAGGUUUGAACAUUAAUCACCACGCUUGCUCAAUGUGGGUUGGCGAUUUCAAACUUAUAAUUAGAAAUUAUAAGCCCAGGUUUCCUCACGAUGUUUUCCUUCACCGUUUGCUGAAUUUAGAAACAGGGGUAGAUUAUGGUCUGGAAUAACACAUAGGCUACUAUUUUAUCCCACGGGAAUGCAAGCGAAUCCGCUGGUAAAAGCUAGUAUAUAUAGAUAUACAUUUUACUAUACAUACAUAAUAUACAUAUAAUAUGCAACAGUGUUUGUAUGAGAUUUCUGAUACUUUUUCAAAAUAUGUAUUAGUCAGAGUACAAAAUUCGAUGCCCAAUUCAGCAUUUUAUAUUUUAUAUUUUAUGCACUUGUAACGCCUCUGGUGUUUCAAGUGUCCAUGGGCGGCGGCGAUUGCUUACCAUCAGGUCUGCUAUACAUAAUAUAAAAAAAUAUAUCUAUUGACACUAUUUAGAUAAAACGAAAUCUCAUAUAAACUCUGUUACAUUACUAUAUGACAAAAAAACAAACAAUUUUGUAAAAUUUACAAUGUAUUUAAUAAUUCUGUCUACCCCACGGGGGCAAGAGGCGUGAAUAUAAACAAAGUCACAAUAUAAUUAUGACAUGUUAUAAAAAUAAUUUAUUUUUAUAAUUUUAAAACAGUUUUAUAUAAAUAUGAAUUCAAUUAAUAUUAAUAAUUAUGAUUUAUAUUAAACGAACAAUUUAAAAUGUG